AUGAGAAGCCCUGUAUGUCACUAUUUCAAGUUACUGUUCACUAUAUUCUAUGCAAUGACACUAGCAAGCGUCGCUCCAGUUGCCUGGUUGGUUCUAUCUUUCUUGCAACAGCAGUACUACACAUGCGCAUACUUUGGACCUCCUCUUGCCGAUAGAAUUUCAACUGCUACAAAUGCGACAUACAAGUGCCCUUUUAAGGUCGGCUUUCGAUCAAAAGAGAUGGAAGAAACCUACAAAACCGACAGCCAGAUUGCAGGCUGGUCACUCAUGAUCAUAUUCGUGCUCGUCCUUGUCAUUUCCAUCUGCAUACGUCAAUGCAUGAAAAAAGGAAAGCGUCUAAAAAUACCGAGUUCUGAAUACUACCGCCAUGUUGAAGCCCAAGAAGCCGUUGAGCAGUACCACGCCAUUGCAUUGGAACUUGCCAAAGAAAAAGCAAAGAUGUACAUUGAAAAUUUGUUCCCAAAAAGGAAGAGGCUUGGAGGUCUCUAUUCCUAUUUGAAAGACAUUGGAGAUAAAGUUCGCAAAGAAUACGAUCAUUAUUUAGACAUACCACCGGCCAGCCACCAGAGUACCCCAGUUGACCCCCCUCAAAAUUCCCCUGAUGGUGUGAUUACACCUGAGCUAGUGGAAGAGGUAGAUGGACCAGGAGAAACACAAUUUGAAAAUGCAGCCCUUCUGUAG